AUGGACCGUAGUCUCGAUGAGAUCAUUGCUGAACGCCCUCAGAAACAGAAUAGAGGUCGCCGUCCUCCUCAAGGUCAAGGUCGUCGCCGUGAUGGCGUGAAAAAGUCCUACAGAGAAGAGCGAGUCGACUUAGAUCUUGAUUGGGUCCACGACAGAUUUGACGACGACAGAGACAGUUUCUUUCAGCCCGCCCUGCUCGUGGCCCCCGACGUCCACGCGGUGACCGUUACUCCCCUUCGCCCGAUCGGUAUCGCGUCCACCGGAGCAAAGAUUCGCGUUGAGAACCUUCACUACGACAUUACGGAGAGCGAUCUGGAGGAUCUGUUUACUCGGAUCGGACCUAUCUCAAAUCUGUCUCUCGUCUAUGACCGGGCUGGGCGCUCCGAAGGUGUUGCCUACGUUACCUACAACCGUGCGAACGACGCGAGAACGGCAAUCUCGGAAUUCGAUGGCGCAAAUGCUAAAGGGCAGCCUAUCCGUUUGACACUAGUCGCCUCCGGCGGUGGAAAACGGGACCGCAACCCAUUUGACAAUGUCGAACGCCCUAAGGGAAGUCUUUUUGAUCGCAUCGAGCGGCCUCGCGAUGCCCGAAGCUUGAGCCCCGGAAGUGAGAAUGGUGAUGCCGAAGGCGGAGCACGUCGUCGCCGGGGCCGUCGCCCUGGCGGUGGCGCAGGCUACCGCCGUAGCGACGUUUCGAAGCCGGCCCCGGAGCACAUUGACCGGUACGUGCCGGGACAGCGAUCGCCAGUCCGACGAACCACCAAUGGCAGACGGCAAGGGGAGCGGCGAGAUGAUAGGAACCGAGGCGAGGGCCGCCGGAACCCUAACGCCAGACCUAAGAAGACACAGGAAGAGCUUGAUCAGGAGAUGGAUGAUUACUGGGGAGGCGCAAAUGCGGGUGCUGGCGCUGCUGACAAAGAGAUUGUGCCAGAUGAGCCUCAGCAGAUUGCCCCAGCUACGUCCGCUGUGGCUGGUGAUGACGAUGUUGAUAUGAUUGAAUAG